ACAAACAAACGGGCUGAUUCUGCAGCUCCCACUUCACGGUUUCCACGCGAGGGCGAGCUGCCCCUCAGACAGGCGGAAGGAUGAUCGACCAUUCAGGUGUGUCCUAGCUUAACCAUUAAACCCAGACUUUAUCCCUUGAAGUUCCACUGUUCUCUUCCUCCAGCCACUGAAUGCGUUCGUUUCUCGUCCUCUGGGAAAAUGUUUGAAAAGAUUUUAUUCCUGCUGUUUUUGUCAUCUGCUUUGGCACAAGAGUUGUGCGAGCCUGGUACUUCAGAUGGAUACAAAGUUCGAUUCAGCAUCAGAACGGCUCUGGGAUCUGACGCUUAUGCCUGGAAUGAGGAUGAAAAGUUCCUUUUCCGAGCGACUCUGGCUUAUGCCAUGAGGAAGCAAAAGAGCGAACUGCAGUUUGAAGUGUCAAACGUCAUCGUGUGUGGGGAGACUCAGAGGGUGUCCUUCUGGUUCGUGGUGACGUCGCCUCUGAACGCGACGCGCCUCAUUAGUAAGGUGGAUGUGGAGUCGGCUGUGAGGAAGUCCAGGCCUCGCAUCAACAGCGCUUUCCUGCUGACUGAUAAGACCCUGGAGUUCGUGGGCAUAUCUCCAACCCUGGCGGCCCCGGUGGAGCCCGCCACCCCACCGUGGCUCAUUGUGUUCGGCGUCGUCAUGGGUCUCGUGGCCGCCGGCAUCGUUGCGCUGCUCGCCUCCUCUCUGGUCCAAAGGAAACGGAAGAAGGAGGCUCAUGAGAGACACACGCAGAGGCACCGAGAGGAAAACGGCAGCGCAAACGAGGGUGUUUACAACAUGUCAUUCUCAGAUAACGAAAGAGUCACACAGAUGUGAAGCGCCUCCAUAUAAAGUCCAUGAAAGGAUUCAAACCAUUUUCUAAGCUUUCCAGGUUGUUGCACUUAAAGUUAUGAGCUGGAAGGUGAUUCAUUUGUAGCUGGGUUAAUUAUUUGUCCACCUGGGAGCGUUUCCAGGUCAGAGACGAGUUCAUUGCUAUAUUUAACCUUCGUCUUUCUUCCCAUUUUGAUUGAUUUGCCCAGAACAGACGUCUGCAGUGAGCAGAUCCUCGGGCUGUUUGUUUGCUGCUGUCAUAUUUCUUUAUUCCUGACAGUGAGAGUGGAAAAGCCCCCAGAGUUAUGGACUCAGCCUAUUACCACAAUGGCAGGCAGAAAUGAUGCUUCACGCCUUUCCAUGUAUGAGUCAGAACACAAGGUUUAUCUCAUCAGUGAACUGUUUGAAUUUGUUGUCAAUAAGGCUGAAUUAUUCACAGCUUGGCCACUGAAUAUAGUGUGUGUACAAACUGGCGCUGUGUGACUCACAAUGAAACACAUGAUGCCUGUUUUAUGGCAUUUGUAAAAGACAUUUAACAAUGGUCCAUUUAAAACGUGAAUAUACCGCCCCCUGCAGGCACUUUGGGGUAAUACAUUUUGUGUUAUAUGACACUUA